AUUCACACCAGCAUAACGGGCAUCCCAUUAGUUCCUUGAAAAGCAAACCACAGCCCGUGUCCCUCACCAGGUUCGCUAGUCACAUUGGAGGAUAGAGAUUUCUCUUUUUCCAAGCCCGAUCUUCCCAUUGUGAUCCCCACCGGCCAUAACAGCAUCAUAGUUACUGGGGUGUCGUCAUGAUGUCAGUAGCGGAACCAACUCAUAGCUCAGCCAAGGAUAUGGAUAUCUCUCCAGGAUACAAUUGAGUCCGUUCCAUACAUCCUUCCCUGUUAUGUUAUUCCUUGCCUAUCCCCGUAUACCCUUCGAGAUGUGUGACGAGAGCCUGCGAACUACCGGCGUUGGCCUCAUUGUCAAGUAUGCAGCCCACAUCUUUAGCUCCUUCCUAUUCGCUGUAGUCCACUUGUUUGCGUCGCACUUCCAUGUCCUUCAGUGGCGCACCUUCGUCUGUUGGAACGGGGCAUCCUACAUGUUUUGCGGUCGGCAUCGCUUGUAUGUCCACGCUCAUAUGGCCACGUUAGGAUGGUAAUGAUGCUAAGCAAUCAAUCGGGCGGCAGAUAUCCCUUGCUAUUGUAGAAAGGGAUUGUCGUGAGCGACAUUGUUAUUCGGGAGGUACACGACGCGUCCGAAGAAGCUAUUCUAGCAUCGCUCUGCCAUGAAAGAUGCAGGCUGUUGUUAGAUGCGCGAACUAUUUGGAGUGCGUUCUCUUGCUAAAUAACUUUCACUUGUUAGUACGAUCUUUCGUCAUAUUGUAUGGCUGUGUAAUAUCGAUGUCACUGAACGGAAUUUCAUCUCGCGUCGCUAUUUGUUUGUCUAACCUGGGAUUAGU